AUGAGCAUCCAGUCCCCACCCACGCUGCUGGAGCUGGCAGGGCGCAGCCUGCUGAGUGAGAAGUCCAGGGCUGUCCUGGAUCUGGAGGACCUGCCCAUAGAGCUCUUCCCACCACUCUUUGUGGAGGCCUUCAGCAGGGGACACACUGAGGUCCUGAAGAAAAUGGUGCAGGCCUGGCCCUUCACCUGCCUGCCUCUGGGGGCCCUGAUGAGGAAGCCACAGCUGGAGAUGAUCCGAGUGGCACUGGAUGGGCUGGACAUGCUGCUUGCCCAGGAGGAUCGCCCCAGGAGGUGGAAACUGCAGGUGCUGGAUUUGCGGAAUGUUCACUACAACUUCUGGAGGAUGUGGUCUGGAGCCAUGGUUGAUGCCUGCUCAUCAGAGGCCAUAAAGAAGAAUCGAAAAUUGAAACAUGGUCUAGCAAUGGCAGCUAAGCCACGCUUGACGAUGAGGAACCUGAGGAAGCUGCUUGUCUCCCAGGUCCGCGUGCCUGCCCACAUCUCCCCAGAGGAGCAGGAGCGGCUGCUUGCCCAGCUCACCUCGCAGUUCCUCAGGUUGGACUGCCUGCAGACGUUCUGUGUGGAUGCUGUCCUCCUCCUCAAGGGCCACCUGGAGCAGGUGCUGGGGCACCUGAAGACCCCCCUGAAGACUCUCUCAAUAACCAACUGCCUGCUGUCAGAUUCUGACUGGAAUUAUCUUUCACAAUUUCCAAACACCAGAAAGCUCAGACACGUGGAACUGAGGCGCAUCAAACUGACCAAUUUCAGUCCAGAGCCCCUCAAAAUUCUGCUGGAGACUGUUGUAGCCACCCUGAAGAGCCUGGAGUUGGAAUCUUGCAGGAUCACUGACUCCCAGCUCCAGGCCCUGCUGCCUGUCCUGAGCCGCUGCUCCCAGCUCAGGGUUUUGAACUUCCAUGGGAACCACAUCUCCAUGUCAGCCUUAAGGGACCUGCUGCUUCACACUGCCAUGCUGAGCCAGUUGAGCAGAGAGCUAUACCCUGCCCCUCUGGAGAGCUAUGAUGCCCAUGGUGACAUCCACCCUGGGAGAUGUUCCCAACUCUGUGCUGAGCUCACAGCAAUAGUGAGGGACUUUAGGCAGCCAAAGGUCCUUGUGUUCUGUGCUGUCCCAUGUCCUCAAUGUGGCAGCAUGUUCCUCUACAACAAGGGCCUCCUUCAGUGUUCCUGUCCAACAGCUGCCUAG